AUGUCACCUCCUUCCAUUUUCAAGCCUGCUCUAAUUGUUGUAGAUCUUCAAGAAGAUUUUUUACCUCCAAAUGGUUCUUUAGCUGUGACCAAUGGUAGAGAUACAAUUCCUAUCAUCAACAACCUCCUCAGUCUUCCAUUUCACCUUAAGAUCGCCACCAAAGAUUGGCAUCCUUCAAACCAUACAUCUUUUGCUUCAAACCAUGCAGGUAAACAACCAUUUGCAGAUUUUACCACGAUCAUCAACCCAUCCAAUCCUUCCGAGACUUAUCAAACACGUCUCUGGCCACCUCAUUGCAUUCAGGACACGCUCGGCUCCGAGUUCCCAUUUGAGUUGGACACACCUAAGUUUACCCAAAUUAUUCUCAAGGGACAACAUCCUGAUGUAGAAAUGUAUUCAGCAUUUUACGAUCCCUUGAAGAGUCCUCGGUGUAGUGAUAGUGGAUUGGCGAUCUAUCUACAAGACGAAGGUAUCACCCAUGUCUAUGUAGUAGGUCUAGCUGCCGAUUAUUGUGUCAAGUGCACUGCCGAGGAUUCCGCGGCGGAAGGUUUCAACACUUUCAUUCUGGAAGAGGGAACUCGGGCCGUUGAUCCCAAAUCUUGGGAGACUGUGAAGUUAGGUUUGAAAGGAGUCGAAGUUGUGAGUGUGAUUGGAGAGGAAGUCAAUCGAGUAAGAAGGUUAGGCAACUGA